UCCAUAUGCUUUUGAUUGCACCAAAAAAUCAUCUACACUUUUUAAAUAUUACAAUUAGUCGCCAUCCAUUAUUAUUAUACAAAAUUUUAUAUAGCAAUCUACAUAAAAAAUACAAAAUUUUGUAUAUCAAAAAAAUAUAGAAUUUUAUGUUGGUCAACUAACAAAUUAUACAAAAUUUUGUAUGAUAAUAAUAGAUGAUGGCUCAUUACAAUAUUUAUAAAGUGUAAGGAAAUAUUUUCAUGUAAUUAAAAAUACUGGGUAUAAGUUAUACAUAAUUCUAAGAGGUUCAUAUAAUUUACUUAAAAAAAAAUGAAAGGUUAAAUGAUGAGUUUUUGCAAGUUGAAACCUUUCCCAAAAAAAAAAAAAAAGAAAAAAGAUCUUUUCAAAUCAUGGUUGCCUGACUGGCUAGUCGCAACGGUCUAAUUUUCUGAGUUCUCUACCCGAGAGAGAGAGGAGAGAGAGAGAUGGGCACGAGGAAAUCACAAUUGGAGGUCUCAGAAACCCUAAAUUCUGUCGGACAGGGACAAGAAGAUGAAGAAACAAGAGUGGGUGGAGGGUUCUUUGCUUGCUAUCUGCUCACUUCGCUCAGUCCCAGGCACAAAGGUCACACAUACAUAGGAUUUACGGUGAAUCCUCGUCGUCGAAUUCGGCAGCAUAACGGGGAAAUAAGGUGUGGUGCCUGGAGGACGAAGAGAAAGCGCCCUUGGGAAAUGGUUUUGUGCAUCUAUGGUUUCCCUACCAACGUAUCUGCUCUUCAGUUCGAAUGGGCCUGGCAGCACCCAAGAGAAUCACUCGCAGCGCGAAAGGCAGCUGCAACUCUUAAAUCCCUCUCUGGUCUUGCCAAUAAGAUCAAACUUGUCUAUACAAUGCUCACCCUCCCGGCCUGGCAGAACCUGCACCUCACUGUGAACUUCUUGUCGACAAAAUACACAAAGUAUUCUGCUGGUUGCCCAAGCCUACCAGAACACAUGAGGGUUCAAGUUUGUUCAAUGGAUGAGCUUCCUUGCUACACUGGGAGCCUCCAUGAAGAUGAAGAUGAAGAUGGGUGGGGCGACAAGAGUAGUAGUCCAUGUGGAUCUCCAACUGACAGGGUUGACGGUCAGAGAGAUCGGUUGACGAGCAUUAAGGAGUUGUCCACUGCUGACCACAGUGGACGCGCGGAAGAUACUGGCACGGGAUUGUCAGGGGACUUGGCUAGUUCAAAUAAGAAUCAGAUGCAGCCGCUUUCUUUGUCUACAUCCCCAGUACAAUUGUCGACUUCAGGUCUAACAUAUACAGGCAGAGAUGUCUCUGUAUUGAUGGAGGAGCAGCCAGCAGGAGAAGAAUUGUCUGCCGUCAGAGCUGCCGAUACUGAUCCGCCUCCAAAAGUCCCGUGCGAGGUUGAGGUUAUAGAUUUGUUAUCCCCCUCGCCUGGCUACAGAACUACUGGUUCAAGUAGCAAGAAGAGGAAAGUCUGGAAUGCUUGCCCCGAAAUAAUUGACCUGACAGAGUCUCCCAUUUCUGUUUAAAUGUAGAGUGGUUUGAACUUGCAACCUAGGUUGAAUAAAGAAUAAACAGAAGCAAAUGUAUAUUUACUUAGAAAACACUAUGUUUGCAUCCUCAGGUAGGUAGACAUUUGCAGGCAUCUCCAGUGGGUUAUGUAUGUGAUACUUCUUGUAACUGUCAUUGUUUGCUCAAAACUAUAAUAAUGGAACACUUGGAUACAUUUCCACAAACCUGGCUUCUUAAUUUUGUUUC